AUGGGAUUUGGCAGGCUCUUAUUUGCGAUUCUCGCCGGUGUUUUUUUCUCUGAGAAAAGACGUACCAAUCGAGUAGACAGUCGUGUGCCGGAAAGGAAUCGGAAUCGGAAGGUGCGGGUUAAUGGUGAUUUGAGAAGAAGAAGCAGCAGCAGCAGCUCGCAYCCCAAUUUGAGGCAGAAACCAUUACGGGAAAACGGUGAUAAUAACCAUUCRCGGMAGAUAGAAGGGGAAAAGAAGAACAUCCACCGAUCGGAACCAGUCUCCGGUGAUAUCCGCCACCGUUCACGGCGGGAUGACGCAAGGAAAGUGUAUUCUCGAGUAGAGGGAAAUAUUGAAGUCGUCCGAAAUGUCCGGGAGAUUAUGGUAGAACGUCAUUCGCCGAUACGAGUGCGUCCUCCUCCACCACCACCAGCUCGAGCUCCGGAUCCACCAGUUUCCUGCGAGUCAAGAAGGCAGAGAACCUCCAGAAAUGUAGGGCUGGAUCAAACCGUCCAAGUUACAACCCAAAUUAAUAGGCUACAGGAAGGUUCCCACAUUCCUCCGCCGGCGAAUCGGGAAGCAAGAGAGGCUAAGAAGGAAAUUGCGCCGACGAUAGAUUCAUUGAAUGAUCAGAGGAAGAGAAACAGAACGGACAGACAGAAACCGAGAGAUAUACAGAAGACGCCACCACCGCAAUCCACCGUUCAACCAUCAACUCUACCGUCGCAAACGAAAUCAGAACAUCUCCGCCGACGUCCGGCGAGCACACACAAACCGCCUCUACCAAAAAAAGAAAGCAAUUACCAUGACCGUGACGAUUUCCUUUCCAGCAGCUCACAGUCGUCGUCGAUUCCAUUCCCACCCCCUCCACCGCCGUUCAGGUUGCCGGCAAGGAAAUUCGAACUCCGUGGGCAUUAUGUUAAGCUACGAAGCGUCUGUAGUUCCGAUUUUAGUUCACCAGAUCGUGAUAAUCUCCGGUCAACUAUAAUCGACGGUGGAGAUUCAUUUGGGCCCAGCCCAAUAUCUUCCCGUGGCUCAGAUGUGAACGCCAAGGCUGAUCGUUUUAUAUCCAGGAUUAAAGAGAAAUGGAGAACCGAGAAGAAGGAAAGAAAGAAAGUGGGCCCAAGCUUAUAAAAAAGCCCAAAAUAAAAAUAUUUAAAAUUCCAUUUUUACCCUCAACAAGAAUACCAAGUAAAGUUUAAAAGAUAAUAUAAGCUGAAAUACGUAAGAAAACAUGUUACCCACAAAAAAACAACACAUGAUUUUACCAUUUUGCCCUUGUUUUACAGU